AUGCGCUUCUCCUUUGCCCUCCUACUUUCCUGCCUCAGCACCGGUGUCCUGGCCGGGGGCAUCCGUGGUGCGUACGAGCGCAUGUUCAUCUGGUACGUCUACCAGGCGCACAUCACGGACCUCGACUGGCGGUACUCCAGUGUCGACGACAUCGAAAUCCUCAGAGAUGGAUUUGGCACAGCAAAACCUCACGGCACGUUGACGUUCAACGAGUUCAUCGAUGUCCAAUUGCCCUUCGACCCGAAGACCACCAAGUACUGCACUUAUUGGUACGACAACGAUGGAAGUCUUGACUGUGAAUGGGUCCCUGACUCGUGGAGCAUUGAGAUGGAGGACUUUUUGCGAUGGAACCCCUCCCUCACCGCCAGCUGCGGAAACUUCAUCGAGGGCCGGAGCUACUGCGUUGAGGCAUACGGAGAGCCGGCUGGCGGUGUCGAGCCGCCCGCCGUGACCGGUGGUCCCUCCACUCCUUCCACCUCGACCGUACCGGCGACCACCACUACCGCCCCGGCGGGCAACGGCAUCACCACACCCCUGCCGAUCCAACCCGGCAUGGUCAGUGACUGCGACUCUUUCUAUUUUGUCAAGUUGGGCGAUAGCUGCACUACCAUCGCCGCCAGCAACGGCAUCUCCUUGACCCAGUUCACCACUUGGAACCCGCAAGUCGGCGGCGCUUCCUGCUCCGGGCUCUGGGCCAACGCGUACGUGUGCGUCAGCACCAUUGGACACUCUCCAUCCGUCAGCACAACCGUCCCUGCUGCCAUCCCGACCACCACCGCACCCAGCAACGGAAUCAACACGCCCACUCCCAUCCAGCCUGGCAUGGUCGGCAACUGCGACGCCUUCUACCUUCCUGCCACGACCACCACGGCCGGUAACGGUAUCGCGACCCCAACCAACAUCCAGCCGGGCAUGGUGAACAACUGCGAUGACUUCUACCUGGUCAAGUCUGGCGACUCGUGCGUGUCCAUUGCAGCGGCUAAGGGUAUCACGGUUGCGCAGUUCUCCACGUGGAACUCCAAGGUCGGAAGCACAUGCACGGGUUUGUGGGCUGAUACCUAUGCUUGCGUGAGCAUUGUCGGACAUACGCCUACUACGGGUACCUCUCCCGUGUCGACCCCGUCGCCGAUCCAGUCGGGCAUGGUUUCGGGAUGCAAGAAGUUUCACUUUGUCCAGGCCGGCGAGACGUGCGAUACGAUUGCGAGCAAGUAUGGCGUCACUACUGCCAACUUCAAGAAGUGGAAUCCUGCUGUCAAGUCAGACUGCACCGGAAUGUGGGCCAACACCUAUGCUUGUGUCGGUGUUUAA